AUGGAGUACCAACAUGAGUUAGUGCUGGUAAUUGAAGAGUAUCGAUCGUUCUUCAAGACAAUUGAAUUAGUUGAUGGUGAUGGUCACUUAGCUAGAGAUGACGUAGGGCAUCAUAGCAAGACAUUGUUGAAGAUCGAGACUUUUGAAAAUGAAGGUUUUCAAGCAUCCUUCAGUGUUAGCGGAUGGAUAUGUCAAUCUGCGGACAACGUCAAAAUUUACGAGACUUUUGAGGCGUUAGGAAUGAACAUAUCAGAGGCCUUCAAAGGUAAAUGGCAUGGUACAGUUUUUUCUAAAUUGGAGGGUUUAGCAAAUGGUCAGUGA